CGGAGCACACUCCUCCAUUGUGCUUCCAACUGCUUGACAGUUGCAGACUAGCGACACACACCGUCCUCACCAUGGAGUCACAGGUGAUGACCAGCCCUGAGGAAAUUGCCAGGCUCUACAGAGAACUCAGCCUCUUUCCUUCUUUAAGCAGAGCAGAUGUGGGACCUGUCAUCACCUCUCAGUAUGGAGGCAAAUACAGCAACAUCUACACAGAAUGGAGCCAGCGUGAUCUGGACAGGAAUGAGAAUGUCAAGUUUUGCCGACAGUACAUUGUGUUCCACGAUGACAAGUCGGUGGUCUACUCUGGAGCCUCAGGGAACUGCACUGAGAUCAAGGGAGAGGUGCUAAGUAAGGAUUCCCCUUCCGGCGAAAUGAAGGCUGUUGUCAGAGAGUGUACAAUCAAAGGAGAGGACAAACAGUUCCUGGAGAUCUGGAGCAAAAACAUCAAGAUGAAGAGCAUCAAUCUAACAGCCUUGAAGAAGCAUGGCAAAGUCUAUGAAGAUGAUCAGUUUGGCUGCUUGGUUUGGUCCCACUCAGAGACCCACCUCUUGUAUGUGGCAGAAAAGAAGAGAUCUAAGGCAGAGUCCUUCUUCCAGACUGAAUCAUCAGAGUUGUCUCCAAUUGGGGACGAGGAGGAGACCAUCAGAGCUGAGAAAAAGGAGUCUGUAAAAGGGGAGCAGUUUGUCUUCCAUGAGGACUGGGGAGAGGUAAUGGUUGGUAAGAGCUGUCCAGUGCUGUGUGUUUUGGACAUCGAGGGUGACAACGUUUCUGUGUUGGAGGGAGUGCCUGAAUAUAUCUCACCUGGACAGGCAUUUUGGGCUCCAGGUGACACAGGCGUGGUGUUUGUAGGCUGGUGGCAUGAGCCUUUCAGACUUGGCCUCAAGUACUGCCCCAACAGGAGGUCAUCUUUGUUCUAUGUGGACCUUACUGGUGGUAAAUGUGAGCAGCUGACAUCAGGCACCAGUGCAGUGUGCUCCCCCAGGCUGAGCCCAGACCAGUGUCGGAUUGUCUACCUUGAAUUUUCUGUCUUUGGACCACACAUGCACUGCAGCAGGCUCUGUAUGUAUGACUGGUAUACCAAGAAGACCUCAGUGGUGGUGGAUGUGGUGAAGAGACCAGGAGAUGAUGGCUUUACGGGUAUCUACAGCUCGCAGUUGUCCCCUCGGUGCUGGUCAGUUGAUAGUCAGCGUAUUAUCAUUGCUUGUCCUCAGCGCAGCCGCAAGGACCUAUUGAUGGUGGAUACGAGCACCGGGAGCAUCACCUCUCUGACUUCAAAGUCUGAUGUUGGUAACUGGUGUCUGCUGAAUAUUGAGAGGGAUCUGAUGGUGGUCAGCUGCUCCUCUCCAAACUGCCCUCCAAGUCUGAGGGUGGGUUUCCUUCCAGCCAGGGAUUCUCUGGAGGAAGUAGUGUGGAUUACUUUGGAAGACUCUCAGGUGUUGCCAGAUAUUGAUUGGCAGAUCUUGACUUUCACCCCUCCACCAGAGCAGGACAACAGUCAAUACCCCGGCCUCGACUUUGAAGCUUUGCUGAUCAAACCAAAGGAGAUUAAAGAUGGAGUGAAGCUGCCUCUCAUUGUCACUCCUCAUGGGGGUCCUCACUCAGUGUUUGUGGCUGAGUGGUCUCUGUCCGCAUCUGUGCUGUGCAGGAUGGGCUUUGCUACACUGCUGGUGAACUAUCGUGGCUCUAUUGGGUACGGCCAGGACAAUAUCCUCUCAUUACCUGGCAACGUUGGCACCCAGGACGUCAAAGAUGUUCAAUUUGCUGUUGAAAGUGUUCUCAAAGGCGACGAGCUCGACACACAGAAAGUUGCAGUGUCUGGGGGCUCCCAUGGUGGUUUCCUGGCCUUUCAUCUGAUUGGCCAGUACCCGGGGUUCUACAAGGCAUGUGCGGCUCGCAACCCCGUCACCAAUUUGGCCUCUAUGGUCAGCACCACAGACAUCCCAGACUGGUGCAUGUUCGAGGCUGGCUACGACUACAGUACAGACUGUCUACCUGACCCUGCUGUUUGGGAACAGAUGCUAAACAAGUCCCCAAUUAAACACAUCACACAGGUACAGACACCAGUGUUGCUUGCCUUAGGGGAAGAUGACAGGCGUGUACCCAGCCAGCAAGGAAUUGAAUAUUAUAGAGCUCUAAAAGCGAAGCAGGUUCCAGUCCGGUUGCUGUGGUACCCAGGGAAUAAUCACUCUCUCUCCAAGGUGGAUGCCGAGUCUGAUGGCUUUAUGAACGUGGCUCUGUGGAUAAUUCAACACUUGUAUCAGUGAUGGUAAAUAUCAGAUAAAUACAAGGCGGUAUGCCAUUGCUGUUGUAGGAUACUACUGUGUGUAAGGGAUGUUGUGCUCCUGUUUUCAGGGCAGUGUGAGGUCCAAGCCAAAGCCAAAGCAUUAAAAGUGCUCUUCAACCUUUACUUGUAAUCUAUCUGUGGCUAUGGCGGUUGCCACAACUACUUCCAAAAAGUGGAUGGGGGAACAGUAUGUUAACACAGCACUUGGAUAAAAGUAGUUUUGAUUCGUCAGAAAUACAUGGAUGAACACAUAAAAUAAAGGGCUUUUCAG